AUGAACAUCUCCCAACUUUCAGUCGGCCAAAGAAUCCAGCUCGCCGACAACCGCAUUGCGACUAUCCGAUUUGCGGGAGCAACACAUUUCCAAACUGGUGACUGGAUUGGUGUAGAGCUUGACGAGCCCAGCGGAAAGAACGAUGGCUCCGUCAAGGGGGAGCGGUACUUCGACUGCGAAGCGAAUCAUGGCAUGUUCUUGCGACCAUCCGGUGUGAAGCAAGUGAUUGAGGACGUGAAGCCGAAGACUGCUGCGAGAGCUACGAAUGGUGUUGCUGGGGGGAGUAGUAGGCCGAGCAGUGUGCACACUGGGGUCAACGGGCUAAGAAGGGAGGCUGUCGAAGGACCAGGGAGGAGGGCAAGUGGCAUUGGUGGAAGUCCUACACCUGGUGCACGACUGGGCACUGGUCUGAGGAGUCCUACGAAGUCGCCCACGAAGCAGUUGGGAAGCAAUGGAGCUACGUCGAGCACAUCUACGUCACGGACCAAUACUCCAUCUGCUAAGGGCAGACCGAGCAUUGCUGGUCCAGCGGCAGGGAGCCCUCGACAGAGUCUUGCUCCUCCGAGCACGACAGCCAGAAGGACAUCGACUUUACCAGGAGCGGCUACAGCAGCUCCUGCACGAUCUAGUAGGCCUUCACUUGCUCCAUCAAGCACUUCAGGCAGAGUCCCACCAGGCAGAACAGCACCAACACGUGCUCCAGCUCCGCGGCCUCCGCAAGGACCACGUAUGAGCUCGACGAAUGAAGAAACAGCCGACAAUGACAGUGAAAGGCCGAGCUUACGAUCGCCGAGGACAGAGAGCUCUCUGCCAAGCCAGCAGGAAGAUCAAGAAGAAGUGGAAGACGAACCUGCCAAGCCCAGCUUCGCACCGCCUCCUAUACCUCCAGAUCCACCACAACAGACUACCCGAUCUCGUCGACCUUCGUCACCAACUGCAGCAUCAAUACACUCUCAGCGAACCAUGCGAAGUACAGCCGCCUCGCAUCGGCAGAUUGAAGAGCUCGAAGCCAAAGUUCGAUUACUAGAACGUAAGCGGAUGGAAGACCGUGAGCUUAAGAAGCACAUGGAGCAGGCGCAACAAGAACGAGAUCAGUACAAAGGCAUCAUUGAGAAGCUGCAGAAUAAGUAUCGCCCUCAACAACAGGAAUUAGGUGAGUUGAAGCAGGCAUUAUCGGAAGCCGAGAAGCGUUUCACAGAUGUCGAGGCCAUCCAGGCCGAGCAUGACAGUAUCAUGGAGCUGGCUACACUGGAUCGUGAGAUGGCGGAGGAGAAGGCGGAAGGUAUGCAAGCUGAGCUUGAGGCAUUACGGGCGAAGAACGAGGAGAUGGAGCUCGAGCUGGAGAUCUUGAAGGAUGAGAAUUCGGAUCUCGGCAAGGAGAUGAGUCCUGAAGAGCGGACGAGUGCGGGCUGGGCGCAGAUGGAGAAGAGUAAUGAGAGACUGCGCGAUGCACUUCUACGGCUGCGAGAUAUCACGGAAGACAAGGAAGAAGAACUUAAGGAGCGGAUCAGCGACUUAGAGGAACAGGUACAGAGUGUGGAUUCUUUGCAGAAUACCUUCAAUGACACGAAAGAGAGACUGCUACGCAGCGAAGCUGAUACGAACGAUCUCCGGCAGCAACUUGAAGUGGCGCUCGAGUCCGACGAGAUGAUAGAGGAGCUCACCGAACGCAAUGGCAGAUUAGACAACCAGGUUUCUGCCCUUCGAACCACAGUCGAAGAACUUGAAGACCUCCGCGACAUCAACGACGAGCUGCAGGUGAACUACUCCGAGCAAGAGAAACAGCUCCAAGAAGAAAUCGACUUCAAGGACUCCCUUCUCCUCGACCGCGAACGAACGUCCAAACAACAGCAGUCCGCGCUUGACGAGGCGGACUACACGGUGACCCGUUACCGCGACCUCGUGAGCCAGAUGCAAUCGCAUCUCGCAGACAUGCAGGCUAGUAAGCAGCUCUCGGAAGCUGAAGCAGCAGACCUCAACAGCAAGUCCCGCGCCAUGAUCGAUCUAAACAUGAAGUUGCAGUCGUCCGCUGCUAAGACGCAAGUCAAGACUAUCGACCUCGAGCUCAGGAAACUGGAGGCGCAAGAGGCGAGCGAGCAUCUGGCUAUUGUGCAACUUUUCCUUCCGGACGCUUUUACGAGUGAGAGGGAUAGUGUUCUUGCUCUGCUGCGGUUCAAGCGGCUGGCUUUCAAGGCUGCGUUGGUCAAGGGAUUUGUGCAGGAGAGAGUAGCGUGUUUUGGUGCGAGAGGCGACGAAGAGGAUGUUUUCGCCGCGCUGGAUGUUUGCGACAAACUCACCUGGAUCGCGUCCAUGAGCGAGCGUUUCAUCAAUUCGAUUUGUUCUUGCUCCGUGGAGGAGUUCGCAAGGUAUGAGAGUGCUUUGUAUGAACUCGAGCCUGUGGAACGGGCGCUGAACGGGUAUAUUGAUGGGUUGAGAAGGGAGGAGGUGGAUGAGAGUGUUAUGGCGGAGGAGCUGCAGAGGUCGAUUGCCGUUAUGGAGCACCUUGCGGGCAUCCAUAUCAAGGAGGAUCUGGCGAGCCAUGCUGAUAUGCUUGCUAUGAGGACGAGUUGUUUACAGAGUUGGAUGGAGAGUUGUGCUACCGCGCUUGGGGUUAUCAGGACUAUGGUGCAGGAUCAUAUUCGCAGGCCUCGCGCUGAGAGAGAAGAUGGAGACGAGGAUGAAGGGACUGAUGAAGAUGAGGAUGCUGCAACUUCGGAUCUCAUGUUCAUCCUCAACCGCGCCGAGGCCCUCAUCUCCAGCGCCCGGAACGCUAAAGUCAUGGCGGGCAAGACUCAUCGCGCACUGGGUGAUCUGCAAGCUCGAUCUCUCACGCUGGAAAUUCCCCACACCUCCGCCUUCGACGAGGCCGAGAGUGUCGCUGUUCUCGUGGCAACCUAUACCCGCCAAGCAGGCUCAGCCCUCCAACAUCUCUUCGGGGAAGAAGGUCGUAACGACCCGUUCACCUCUGAAGAAGUCUCCAGCAUCUUAGCCCGAGCAGCCACCACUGUCUUCGAGUUGAGGGAGGCGGAAGCAGGACCCUUCUCAACCCUCGCCUCUCGUCUCCGUGAGCUCCAAGAUCAGCUCUCUGACCUCGCAGCCGUGCCCACGGAUCUAGAUAAUACGAUCGAAUUCGAACGGGCCCCAGCACCCUGGGUCGCGCGAUCGAACGACUUGCGGAGGAAGAAGGAUAACACGAUCGAUACCGAGGCCGAGCUUGCGCGCAGUCGAGACCGUGCUCGGGAGUUCGAGGGCGCGGUGCAGGCGAAGGAAACGGAGCUCGAGGAGCAGAGCUUGAGGAUUGAGAUGCUGGAAGCUAGGAUGAGGGAGGCUGGGAAGCGGUCUAUCAAGAUCGCCGAGCUGGAGAAACUGGUUGAGGAGGCGAGAGAGAAGGAGAGGAUGGCGAGGAAGGAGGUUGAGAGGGUUAGAAGGGAGGGCGCGCUGCAGAUGGAGAGUGUUAGGGGUGAGAUGGAACGUUUGGUAGGCGACGACGGGGGCCGUGGUGGUAAGAGCAAGGAUGUGGCAAUUGACAGUGACGCUAUGGGUGCUGGAGCGAGUAUGGUGAUGAGGAGGCAGGAAGUCAAGAUCGAGGGCUUGGAGGGCGCGGUGAGGUAUCUGCACGAUGAAAAUCAUCGCUUGCGUCUUCCGGGUCCGGACUCCCCACUCUCUUUACGAGGGAAGCUGGACUGGCUACACGAACCUCUCACCAAACCACCCACAAAAGUGGAGAAGAAGAGACUUGCUCUCCGAAAGGAAGGCCGAGAUGUCUUGAGCAGGAUGCUUGCCCUGGCCUCAGAGCCACAAGUCGUGGAUCUGAGUAAGCUGAAGGAGAAUAAGCUUGCUUGGAGGCCUAAGAAGGAGGUCCCGAGGUGGCGGGUUGCUGUUAGGAAGGAGGAGUGGGCUGCCUUGAAGGGGUGGGGAGGGGAUGUUGCAAAGAAGGAUAUGGGGAAUGUGCAUAGAGUGCCGCGAAGAGAGGUAGUGGCUUAG